AUGCCCCGCCUCAACAACCUGCCCACCCGCCCACUCGGCAAAAACGGCCCUCUGAUCCCGCGCAUCGGCUUAGGGCUCAUGGCUGCCAGCGGCACAUACGGCGCGCCUCUCUCGGAGACAGAGCACCUCACCUUUCUGGAUGAGGUGUAUAAUCGCGGCGAGACGUUCUGGGACACAGCGGACAAAUACACCGACUCCGAAGCCAUACUGGGCAAGUGGUUCGCCAUGAACCCCUCCAAGCGGGAAGACAUCUUCCUGGCGACGAAAUUCGGCAUCUGCACCGCCCCCGAAGGAACCCAGACGGGGAAGAAAUACUGGAUGGACUCGACACCAGAAUACUGUCGCGCGGCGUUGGAGAGAUCCCUCACCCGUCUUGGCCUUCCAUACGUGGAUCUAUACUACAUCCACCGUCUAGACAAAGUCACUCCGAUCGAGAAGACGAUCGAAGCUAUGGUGCAGCUGAAGAAAGAGGGCAAGAUCCGCUUCCUAGGAUUAAGCGAAUGCAGCGCAGAGUCACUGCGACGCGCGCACGCCAUCCACCCGAUCACCUGCGUGCAAGUCGAAUACAGCAUCUUCUGCCGGGAGAUCGAGUCCCCGCGUGUGGGGUUGCUCGAGGUAGCGCGGGAGCUAGGCGUCGCGGUUGUGGCGUAUAGUCCGCUUGGAAAUGGGGUUCUGGGUGGUGGGAUUCGGUCACGGGAGGAUGUUGCAGGGCCUGGGGAUUCCAGGGGCGUGCUGCCGUGGCUGAGGGAGGGGAAUAUCGAGGUGAAUGUGGCGGUGGUGGAUCGGAUUGCGGCGAUGGCGAGGAAGAAAGGUGUUACCACGGCGCAGUUGGCGUUGGCGUGGCUGUUGGCGCAGGGGGAUGAUGUGUUUCCGAUUCCGGGGACCCGGAGGGUGGAGAGGUUGGAGGAGAAUUUGGGGAGUCUGGGGGUGGAGCUGUUGGGUGGGGAGGAGGGGGAGAUGAGGCGGUUGGCGGAGAGGGUCGUCGGGGGACGGUUUCAGGCGUUGACGGGGUUUGAUUUUGCGGAUACGCCGGUUUUGUGA